AUGGGCCAUGUCGAAGAAAAUGAGACCGUUGUGACAGAUGUUCCAGCAGGCAAGGCCAUUGACCCUCAAGAUAUCACCCACCAGGGCGCUGAGGCCGUUUUACUCUACGUCGAUAACACAGAUGGCGAUCCAGCAGCCAAUGGCUUGAAGUUGGCCGCCGACGGACACACGGUUCUGAUACCUCAGCCCAGCGACGACCCCAAUGAUCCGCUCAAUUGGUCAUGGUUCAAGAAGCACGCCUUCCUCGUGGCUGCAUCCAUCUGCACCUUCUCCAGUGACUUUGGUAUCACUGUUGGUGUCCCUGCUGUCGUCAGACAGGCCGAGUACUGGGGCGUUACUCCCGACAAAAUGAACUAUACGAACAGUUUGUGUGUGGCUUUGAGCGGUAUUGGCGGCCUCCUGGUGAUCCCGCCGUGCUACUUCUGGGGUCGAGCGCCCGUUCUCUUUUGGACCACCUUGAUUGCGACCCUCCUGACACUCGGUUUGGCGCUCACCGAUGACUUCGCCACCUUCUACGCUCUGCGUGGAAUCCAGGGUCUCUUUAUCACCACCUGUAACGUGACGGUCUUGUGCUACAUCAAGGACAUGUUCUUCUUCCACGAGCACGCCAGGAAGAUCGGCAUUUGGAUCUCGCUCUAUUUCAUUUCCCCUUAUAUCGGACCGAUGUGCGGAAGCUUUGUCGUGGCCUACACUGACGGUUGGCGCAAUCCAUUCUGGCUCUCUUUCGGGUUCAACGUCUUCUGCUGCGUCCUCAUCCUCGCUUUUACGGACGAGUCAUGGUACCGACGUGAUAUUCCGCGGGAGGAGCAGCCACCACGGGGCAGUCGUCUUUCUCGAUUACUUGGGUGGUGGCAGAUCAAGCACCACAAAGGUUACUUCAUUGAUGUGCUGCCGGCAUGCAGCAGAAUGACGCUUGUUAUUGUGAAACCCAUCGUUCUGCCCAUCAUUGUCUACUACGGCCUGACAUUCAUGUGGGCUGUCGGCAUCAACAUCUGCUCUGCUGUUCUUUUGGCAACCCCUCCGGAGCAAGGAGGCUACGGAUUCAACACUGACGCAGUCGGUUUCAUCUAUUUCGCGCCUUCCAUUGGCAUCACAGUGGGUGAAUUGGCCGGUCACUGGUGCAACGAUUGGCUUGCGGCCAGAUAUACCCACAAGCACCGCGGUAUCUUCAAGCCGGAAGGUCGUCUGCCAAUGAACUUCGUCGCAGGGUUAUUUAUGAUUCCAGGGCUUGUGCUUGUUGGCCAGACGCUACAGUAUCGACUACACUGGACUGGAAUUGCCUUCGGCUGGGGCAUCUAUAUCUUUGGGGCCAUGCUGGCCAGCGUGGCCAUCACUGCGUACGCGUUGGACUGUUAUCCCAACGGCUCCGGCGAGGUCUCGGCUUGGCUGAAUCUCUUCAGAACCGGCUGUGGAUUUGCCGUCCCCUACUUCCAGCUUCCUUGGGGCGCCAAAGUCGGGUACGGCGCUGCUUUCGGGACACAGGCCGCCGUCAUCAUCCUUGCUUGCCUCAUCCUCCUGCCACUGGUCUUCUUCGGCGAGAGACUCAGAAUCAAGGGUGGACCUCUCCGAUUCCCAGGCUCUUCCUGA